AUGCAAUCAGAGGCGUUCCAUACGUUGUUUGAGACCAAUUCAAAUUGUCUUAUAAGUUCACCAACUGGAUCAGGAAAAACUGUAUUAUUUGAACUAGCAAUUUUAAAUCUGCUAAAAACCUCUAAUGAUCCCAAGAACCUCAAAAUAUUAUAUAUGGCCCCUACAAAAUCACUGUGUAGUGAAAAGUACCAAGACUGGGGCAGCACGUUUUUGAAUCUUUCCGUUGGCAUGCUAACCAGUGACACCUCGUACUUGGAAGCUGAUAAGGUUCGAACAUCAAAUAUCAUAAUCACAACUCCAGAAAAAUGGGAUCUAUUGACUAGGAAAUGGAACGAUUAUGAAAGACUUUUCAGGUUGAUCCGUCUAAUUAUGGUAGAUGAGAUCCAUAUCUUACGGGAUCAAAGGGGUUCCACUCUUGAAGUGGUGUUAACACGGAUGAAUACUAUGUGCAAUGAUAUCAGGAUAAUUGCAGUUAGUGCUACCGUUCCUAACGCUCUUGAUAUAUCAGAAUGGCUAAAGUCUGGGAGCAACAACAGCCCUGCCGAGACCUUAAUAUUUGAUGAUAGUUAUCGGCAGGUAAUGCUAGAGAAAUUUGUUUACGGAUAUCCAUCUAGUACUAAAAAUGACUUCCAGCUUGAUUCCAUGUAUAAUUCCAAAUUAAUUGAAAUAAUAAACAAGCAUUCAAUCCAAAAGCCUGUGUUGGUAUUCUGUCCUACUAGGAACUCUACAGUAUCAACUGCGAAAUAUUUGUCUCAGAAUCGAAAUUUAAUUUUGGCUUCAGUGAAUAGAUAUAAGACAGUCGACUUACAAGAUAAGCAGCUGAGGGAUAUUUCUUCUUAUGGAAUUGCGUUCCAUCAUGCAGGCUUAUCUCUUGAUGACAGAAAUACAAUUGAGAAGAGCUUUCUAAAUGGUACAAUUAAAAUUUUAUGUUCUACUUCCACAUUGGCUGUUGGAGUGAAUUUGCCUGCCUAUCUAGUCGUUAUUAAGGGCACAAAGAUGUGGCAAGCUAAUAUUUCACAAGAAUAUUCUGAAUUAGAUAUUCUCCAAAUGAUUGGCAGGGCAGGAAGGCCAAAGUUCGAGAAAAAAGGAUGUGCGGUAAUUAUGACCAGCUCAGAAUAUAAAGAGAGGUAUGAAAUGUUGGUAAAUGGUACUGAACAAUUAGAAAGCUGUUUGCAUGUAAACUUGGUGGAGCAUUUAGCUGCAGAGGUGUCUCUUAAAUCAGUCACAUCAACCCAGACUGCUGUUGAAUGGCUUAAGAAUACAUUUCUAUAUAUCAGGUUCAAGAAAAACCCAACAGCUUAUAAAGAGAUAAGGUCAUAUAUAGCACAUGGGUCAAAUAUGGAUAGAAGUUUGGAGGAUUUUUGUGAUAAAUUAUUGAAGACCUUAUUACAAAAUCAAGUUAUCUAUAUGUCAAAUGGUUUCUAUGAUGCAACACCGUAUGGGAAAGCAAUGACAAGACAUUAUAUAUUGUUUGAAACAAUAAAGCGUUUUGUCAAUACACCACCUUGCCAAUCAGUUAACAUGAUACUAAAGCUUCUUUGUGAAUCCCAAGAAUUUGAACAAAUCCGUGUGAAGCACAGCGAGAAGAAGUUAUAUCGUGAAAUCAAUAUGUCACCUUUGAUGAGAUAUCCCUAUAUAGACACAAAAAACAACAGCCAAGUUAUUGAUACUCGCCAGCAGAAAGUAUCACUUUUGGUACAAUAUGAACUUUGUGGUUUAGAAUUCCCAACCUACAGAGAUGCUAUCAAACACCACCAAACCCUGAUACAAGAAAGGAUGCUUGUAUUUCGCCACUGUCACCGGAUCUUGAAAUGCAUGGUGGACUGUUUUAUUGAAAAAGGUGACGGAAUAUCUUUGAAAAAUACAUUAUUUUUACUUCGCAGUGUGAAUGCUAAAGGAUGGGAGGAUUCGCCUAUGGUACUUCGCCAAUUGAAUAAUAUUGGUCUUAUAUCAGUGAGGAAAUUUGUUCAGAGAAAUGUAAAUAGUUUACAGGAUUUGGCCAAUAUAUCAGACAUUCAGAUAGAAAGUAUUUUGAAUUUACGAAUGGGUGGAGGAUUAAAGGUUAAAAAAGAUCUAGAAAUGCUUCCAAAAUUACAUAUUGAAUUCAGUGCCGAGGACUUUAAAUACCAAGGCAAUGUUAUAGACGUAUGUUUUAAAAUAGAAGUUGGGGCAGAAUUUAAAACUUCUGUAUGGCACGGUCAAAAUUUAUCCUUAGUUGUCCUCACACUGAAGACAUCAGGUGAACUGUUGGACUUCAGGCGGAUUUCAUUACAGAAAAUGACGUGCUCAAAAAAGUUCCGAGUUUCUGCUGGUAUCGCUUCCAUAAAAGAUAUUGUAGAAUUCACUAUUUCAUGCGAAAAUGUCGCUGGAAUUAAUGCUAGCGUCCAAUUUUUAGCCAAGGAUUUACCUCCUAACUUAGCCGCCGUGCUGCCAGGAGCGGAUAGAGUUCAACCAACUAAGGAGUCUCCUCUGACUAUUUCAGAUUUCAAUAACUUCGAUUUAUCUGACGAUGACAUAUUAAGUUAUGUGGAAGAUACUAAACAAGAGACAGUGACGCAUAUACAGAGGAGACAGAUUGCUAACGGAAACUAUGAAUGUAAUCAUACCUGUAAGAACAAGGCUUCAUGUCGUCAUUUAUGCUGCAAAGAAGGGAUCCCAGCUUCUAUGAUAAAGGAUAAUAAAAACUCUAAGCAAAAGAUUUCUGUAAAUAAAUCCACUGGUAAACCCCGCACUACUCAUAGUUCAGUAAUAACUGGACCAAAUAUUCAAUUUGCAGAAAUCUCCAAAGAUACUUCUUACGAAAUUACCGUCCGUUCGGAGGAGUCGCAGAACGACCAUACCAAGGAUAAACAAUUGGACUUGUCAUUUUCUUCAUCUCCAAGAGUUGACUCUGUAACUGAUGCAGACUAUAGUAUUGGAACACCGAAGUCUGUUGCACUGCUUGCAUCAAAAUACAAUAUGAAGAAGCUUGAAGUUUCAAAUUCAGAAGCUAAAGAGACCAAUUUCCAUAAGGUAAAGAUAGAACAUCCUUCUCCUCCACAGCUACAGGAGAAAUCCUCGAAAAAUUGUGUUCCUUCUGAAUGUGAACUACAAUCCGUGCCUCUAAAAGGACGAGAUGAGCCUGAGGAAUCAAUUGCUUCCAAAGAAUCUGACACAGACGAUCUGAACGAUGAACACAUUUUAGAUUUCCUUGGCUCCGACAUCGAAUUAGCUGUUUAA